AGGACGGAUAGCGAGGAGAGAAAGAGAGAGAGAGAGAGAGAGAGAGAGAAAGAGGAGAGAAGAAUAGCCGUGUACUACUAUACUGUUCUGGGGAGGGAGGGCCGAGCCCCUGCGAGGACUGUGAAAAAAAAAAAGGUAUACAAUGAAGAGAGAGAGAGAGGGUAUGACAUGUCAAUGUAGCAAAUGACACGUAAAGAGGGAGAGAAGGUGAGAGUGAGAAAGAGGCAAACUUGAAGAGAGAACGGACGCCCGAAACCGCGGUAUAAUGAAGGAACACGGAAAUAAACAUCCGGCGGAACCGGCGGCGAAGACGCUCAAGUCGCUGCUGAAGAAGCCCGGUCAGACGAAGGCCAAGUCGCAGAAGCAUCGCGUGGUGAUCAACGAGAAGCUAAACGAGUUCUUCGCGGCCGAUUACAUCAUACUGAUCAAGGAGGAGUGCUGCGCCGAUUACGAGGAGGACUGCGACUGCUGCUACCAGGAGCACGAGUUCAUGCGGCUUGGCAAUUGCAAGGAGUGCCGGGCGGAAUUGAACCUGCACUUCGGCCUCGGCAACGGCAGAUACGGCGAGAUGCCGAGGGGGGUUGAGCAGACGUUGCGCGAGACCGCCGCGCGUCCUGGAAUCCACGGCAAGGGUCAGCAGGGUCGCGAGGACUCGCAGGAGGACGACGACGAGGAGGACGAGGAGGAGGCGGACGACGGCGAGGAGGAAGAGGACGACGAGGAGGAGCGGGAGGACGAGGAGGAGGACGAGGUUGAGAACGGCAAGACGGAGAGGACGACGACGUCGGUGGAAGGGAAGAACGCGAGCGAGCGAAAGGACGCGGAGGACGCGGCGAAGGGACGCCCCCGAUCGAAGGAGACCGCUCAGGAUUCUUCUCAGGAGGAGAACGGGAGCGUGGUUCCGCCACCACCGACGCCGCCACCGCGGCACGAGCAGCAGGAAACGCUCAGCCCGCCGGAGGGUUACAAAGACGUCUGCUCCAACAGCGAGAUCGCCAACGAGACGGAGCAGCGUACGUGCACAGAGUGCAAUUAUCAGCAACAGGCAACGCAGGAGUGCGAUUCGCAAGCGAAAGAUCAUGGAAAUAAGGUGGAUACACAAGAUAGCAAGGACACGAUGCACGAGGAUUGUCAAAGAAAUUUGCAAGAAAGACUGGAUAAACAGCAACGGGCAUCUCUCCCCGAUUUGCAUCAUCGUUAUCUCGUGGAAACAAUAACAAUGACAACUGUUACGGAGCGGCGUAUCGUGCGGGAAAUUAGCGAGGAGGAGCGAAAGGAUUGCUACGGACGACCCGACACGGAUAAAGACAAGAAUGUUUGCGACGUCCCGAAAGAUAAUGGUUUUAAUCCGGCGCUUUGUCCCGGGACAGGCGUUCACGAGAAUGCAGGGCAGUUGAUCGCGCCGCGAUGUAACGAGUCGGAUGUCACAGAGGAAAUCGAACACGCGAACGCCAAAAAUCCUACGACGGGCAAUGACAAAAGGGAGGCGACAGUGGAAGCGGAACGCAUCAGCGAUCAAACGACGACGACGACGACAACGGUGGGCGAGCAAUCGCGCGAGCAGGACGCGAAAGAGUUGUCCCUUAUGUUCAAGCUGGGUAACGUGUCCCUCGCCAGUAACAGUCUGAAGCCGAAUUCCGCGGUGAGACAACUUUUUCCUAACCCGAAGUUCAUCUCGCCACCGCCGGCACCUGCCAACAAAGCGACUUGCCCGGAACAUUCUCAAGACGCGGAGGCGCAAAAGUUUCUGAUCACCGCCGAGAGUCUACGGUUGUUCGACGCCGUGAAAAAAUCGACGAUUCCCGGCGGCUCGUACGAGUCACCGGAAUGCGAAUCGUCCAACUCGAUCAAGAGAUCCAUCGAGCGGAACACGCUGCGUCGGAGUCUGAUCGGCAAGUAUAACACGAUAUCGCGCAAGAAGAAUCUACGGCCCAAGAAUCUGUCGUUAGAGGAGCGAAUCAGACAGCUCACGUGCGUCGAUCAGGAUGAUGAGAACGUGACGGACACGACGGACAGUUCCGAUAACACCAUUUCUGGUACGGGAGAUGCCAAGUACCAGAGCGGAGAUCUCUCGAUACGAACGUCACCGUUGGGCGAGGAACGGCCUAUGUGCGAAUCGCUGCCGGCGAGCGGGGCGUCGACGGAAAUCACUGCCACUUCAACGAUGGUCCCGACAAGAUCGAGCUCUCUGACGACGAUGACGACAACAGCGAUGACGACGACAGCGGCCAGCACGAUGACGUCCAUGAACACGCACGGGCACAAUUCGACGCUCGGAAUGCCAAUGCUGGUGACAGACAACCCAUCGAAUCCUCAAUCGUCCACCUACCGGAAGAUCACGGAUCUGUUUGCGCACAAGAAAAAUAUCCAGUCGAAUUUGCCCGAUCUCGGGAUCGGCGGAAGGAAUCUCCUCGCCAAGGAAUGUCAGUCCAAGAAUCCAUUGACGAAGAUGAACUCGGACGUGCGAAGGCAAUUGUUGGCAAGUCUGGCGCCGCUUUCUUGUGUCGCCGUCAAUAAUUCCGAUAACCAGGAGGAUUAUUAUCGAAACGAAUCCAGGAUAUUGGCGAAUCGCGAGUCGAUAAACUAUAACUCGGACUCGUCGUAUAGUUUGGAGGACAUAGAGGCGGUUUUGAACGGCGAGGAUAGAAAGUACGCCGGUCAACCUGACGUGACAAGAUGCACACCGAUAGGCAGCAGACCUGAUAUUGGCGACAACGCCGCUGACGAGUUGCUUGCGUUUGUCGAGCAGGACAAGUCAAGGAUGGAGCGGAUAAAACGCCGCUAUAAUGAGUCGGAGGACCGUUACGCGUUCAUUAACGGCUAUCAUUCCGAGGACAAGGCCGUGAAUACGUCGUCCAACGAGAAUUAUGACAGCAAAGGCAUCAAGAAUCACGACGCUCAGGUGGACAACGAGCAAGAGGACGACGACGACGACGAGCUCAACGAUUACGGCUUCAAUAGGCGACCGUCGGUGACGGGUAUCAAACAGCAGUAUGAAGUUACUAACGACGUUACCCAUCGACCGCGAUCUUGCGUCGGUGCGGCCAAUAACUUCAAUGACGCGAGACCGAGCUCAAUGUAUUUACCGAUGUACUGCGACGUGAACGGCGAUAAGAUCGAUGCCAAAUCGCUACUGGCCGCCGAUGGAGACGAGACGAUUCCCAUAUCUGCUGAUGCGUACGCCGCGGUAGGAAGCUUCGAGCGAGACACGAACACGAUCAAUCGCAUAAACACGAUGCAGAGACAGAUCGAUGAUAUAUAUCAGACCAUCGCCGAAAGCACGGCGGUCACGGCCAACAUUCAGGGUGUCUCCGAGCACGCGACCUAUCUGGAGAACACGGUACCGCGGCAGUUUGUCGUCAGGACACCGUCCGGUGACGGCGGCGCACAUCUGUACGCCGAGCACAGGAAUGGUCAUCACUACUUCCAGGAGCAGCACCAGCUCUCCAACACGCGCAUGUUGCGUAUCGCGGGCGGCGGCGACGAUGUCGCGGGCGCGAUAUAUACCAACAGCCUGUCAAAGAUGCAACGUCGUAAUCCACCGGUAACGAUCGCAAAUUAUCACUGCAACGUACUGCCCGGCGGUGCCGUACCCAAUACCACCAAGUGUUAUCGCACCAUGUAUUUUGUGCCGUACAGCGGCAUAUCGGAUCCCACGUAUCAGAACUUACAGCGCAUCCUGCCGCCGCAUUCCUCGCCAAAUUACGCCAGUCACAUCGAACGAUAUCCGUAUCCUCGUCUGAAUAAGACGAAUCAGCAACAACAAGCGUUGUACUACAAUGCGAAUCGUUCUGCCACGUCGCAUUCCAAUUUGAAUACAUCUCCGCCCGUACCGCCCCCUCCCCCGCCACCACCGCCGCUCGCGUCCGUCUCGAGUCCGAACUCCCUGCAAGGUGGCCAACAAGCCUUGCACCUACAUAUACACCCGCACCCGCAGACCGAAGAAGCCUUUCGAUCGCCCAACAUGGCGUUCUCCCCCGUGCCGCACUCGGCGGUGCAUCAUCCCAUGCAGUUCCAUCAUCAUCAGCAUCAACAUCAGCAUCAUCAUGGCGGCGAAAUGGCAUCGUAUCGGGUAAUGACGCAACAAUCGCCACCUUCGUAUACAGUAAUCGCGCCCUCGAGAUGUAUACCAGCAAGUAAUCAGGACGGCUAUCCGUUGUAUCCGGCACAUUUGGCACGUGGUAACACUGUCGUCGGCGCCGCGGCGGACGUGCAAACGCAGACGAUCACAGUCUCGGCCGCCUCAUCGUACUCGUCCUCCUCAUCCUCGUCGUCGUCAUCGUCCUCCUCUUCCUCAUCUUCAUCGUCGUCCUCAGCGUCCGCUUUGUCGUCAUCUUCGUCUACCGCUUCGGCCACCGUCGCUCCCCUCAAGUGCACCGGAAUCAGCAACAAGAGCUGCGAACAACCAAUCUUGGGGGCGUCUUACAACGGUGCGCAAUCAGCAACGGGCAACGCCGCUCCGCUCGUGUGUUCAACGUCGACGACGACGACGGCCGUAUCCUCGAUGAUGCCGAUGCAACUGUCACGAGCUGUCAACACGUGCGCGGUAACAGAACGCGGGGUCCCCGAGGGCGCCGCUAGCCUGCCCACUCGGGACUAUCAACAAUCGUCUAGCUCGGCGAACCCGACGCCGCACGUCCUGCUGAUGUCCAAUUCUUAUGUCGAUCCCAACGCCGGUCUUAUGUCCACCCCGACCAAUACUACUAACACUGUAUACUACGCCAUGAACGUUUGAAGACAAACGACGAUGGAAUAUGGAAAUUGUGAAUGCGCGUCCGAUGAAGGAUGCCUGAAAAAUUUCACGGAAAUUUAGAACAUCGCUGCGAUAUCCUCGCGGACACAUUUGCAUCGCCUGGGAAGUAUUACGUGAAGAAGCUUUCAGAAGUUAAACUGAUUGAUUCUACUUUUUGUAAAUUUCUUAAUUUUAAUACCAGAACACGCAUGUGUGAAAUUCUGCUAUUAAAAUUAAGAAAUUUAUACGAAGAGUAGAGUUGAUCAAUUUUUUUUCCCCGAGAGGCUCAUAUCGCAUCGCUAGGCCUCGAAUGAUUUUGACGAGUGGUUUAUAUGUAGCGGAAAUGCGCAUUAAUCUAGAGAGAGAGAGACUCGCCGUUUUUCCACCUCCUUCUGCAAUCGGUCGUAUGCACUGUAGCGGAAAUUAUUUGACGGCAUCUUGACGGCAUCAUUAAGGGUAAAAUUUUUCUCUUAAUUUUUUUCCGAUUUGGCAUAUAUAUCGCUUUCUUCAUUCUUUCUUUUUUUUUUUUUGUCAUUUAUCCAUCUUUGCAAUAUUUUUUUCCGCAAUUAAAAACAACGCGAAAAGAGCCUCGUUUACAGAAAGCCUAAUUUCCUUUUAUAGACUGCAAGAGUUAUAUAUUUUUUCUUAAAGAGAUGCGACCGACGAGACCCGUGUAGGAUCUGCUUAGGAUUAUAUUAGGCAUUGAAUGAAAUCAUAAACAAUAUUUAGACACGAAAAUAUAUUCAUUGCAAACUUUUCACUAAUAUAUAUUAUAUAUAUAUAAUGUAGUAAAAAUAUUAUUAUAGAAAAUGUAUAUGUAUAUGUGUUGCGCUAUAUUCCACUUGCAUUAAUGCACUCUGGUAUUAUUUUCGUUACUCGUUAUUUGACACACGAUUGUCAUUUACACGAUAUCGAUAUUAGCGAUAUAAUAUAAUGUGUUAGUUUGAAAAUUUUAUAUUAUUUUACACUUGUUAUAUCACAUCGCGAUAUUGUAACAUUGUACAAACUUUUUACACUGUAGAUAUUUUCAGUUAGUGAUCAGCGAUUCUAGGAUUUAUUCCUUUCCUAUAGUAUUGUAGAUAUAGCGACGAAGAUAGUUAGUACUUUGUUAAACACUAUCGUCAUUUAUGAUCUGACGAAGUUGUUAAUUUUUUGUUUUAAAUUACAACGAUAAUUUAUAAAACGCGAUCGGAACGUUAAUGUUAAAUUGGAAAAAUCGACGGAAAGAAGACUUAUCGCGGAAAAAUGCAUCGUGUAAGAAUUCUUCUAAAGAAGUCGCGGCAACGUCUGUAUGUUACACUUUACAAUAUUUCCGGAAAAAAGAGAGAGAGAGAGAAAGAAAGAUGAAAAUUCCGCGUUAUUCCAUGUUUUGUGUAGUAAAACUUUGUCUCUUUGAACGAAAGACGCUAUUCCCUUGAAUUUCACUUGUACGCUUCAUGCCAAAUUAAAACGUAUCAAUGCCUCUAGUCAGUAUAAAAUUAGUCUACUCCGUAAGAGAUGCAUGCGAAGAGAAUAGAAGCGAAUAGAAGAGAGAUAAAGAAAUAUAAGAUAUAAUUCUCACUCUUGUUAGUUAAUUUCUUCACCUCGCGCCGUCAACGGGGUUCGCCCGAGAUUUUUUCUCGCGUAUAACGGAGGCUCCCAAGAACGCGGCGCGUUAACCGAAACCAAAAUUACGUAGCGUAUCUAUAUUUACAGUUACAGUAGAAGCGACAAAUGUAUUUAACGAUCCUUUGACAUUUCAUAAUGACGACACUUAUUAUAAAUAGACGUACAUACAUAGGGAGUAAAUACAAAGUACUCUGCUUGCAAUUAGAAGGCAGAAUAUUUGUUACGGUUAUUUUGCGCUCUCUCAUCCUUCAGCAACACUCGUCGGCGUCUCUCAUCAGCAACUCGUUGAAAGUACAACCGUCUCGCGUAUAACUGUCUCCCGCGUUCGUAUAAAUUCAUUCAUUCCGAAGAUCGACAAUUGCGUAGUUCGAAUAGACAAUAUAUAGGGACACGCGAAUCUAUUUUUUAGCGUAGCCACUUUCGCUAAAUCUCUUCCGAAACCUAUAUACAUAAAGUAGUACCUCUAAUUAAGAUCGAGAAAUAAGAUCGCACGGCCUAUAUACAGUUCACACUCGUGGAACAAGAUAGAAAGUUAUUUAUUUUCUUUGUGCCAAAAGAAAAAGAAAAAAAAAAAAAUUUACAGGGAAUGUAUUACAAUGUAAUGGGCUAAGUAACGGGAUUGAAGAUGUAAAACACGCGUUCGACAGUCAAUUACGGCGAAUUCAUGAGAAGACGGGAGAGGUGAACCAAAUCGAACAUUUCUAUCGCGUCGAAGGAAUGAGACGAUUGAAUGUGUAAUUUUUCUCAUCUAUAAUGGACAUUGAUCGAUCGUAACGAUAUGACAUGCGCUUGGAAGAUACUCUUCGAUUCGUUGUUCUCGCGCGAGAGUGUUAAGUACGCGUAUUGUUAAAAAUAAUGACUCUGAUGAUUGAGGACUAUUUAUCACGGCAAUAUGAUAAACAAGAGAAAGAGACAAAUAUAUCUC